AUGACGCAGAUCCUGCACUUCGGCGAGUCGGCGCGCACCAUUUUCAUGCUGGAGAAGGCCUCGGAGCGGCGGUUGCGGCUCGUGGUCGCGCUCAAGGGCGCCCCGCGUUCGGUGGACCGGUGGCUGGAGCUGCUGCGCUGCCCAUUGCUCGGAAACCCAGGGAAAUACAACAAGCUGCGGCUGCUGAGGCGCGCCGUGACGUGCGUGGACUCCAAGGCGGCGCGCCAGACGGCAGGCUACACGGAGAUAUGCAUCAUGCUGGCCAAGCUCAGCGACACGGAGGCGGGCGUGAGGAUGAACUUCCAGGAGAUGAAGAGGCGGCGUGUGGGCGAGCGGCAGCCGCUGCUGUACGAGGAGGAGGCGGCGUUCGAG